AUGUUGGAAUUUGCGAGCAAUGUGGGGAACUCGGUCGCGAUGGAAAUUUCUACGGGAUUCAUAACAGAUUUUGCUGAAAAAUAUCAAGUAUCAUUGGAAAUUCCCUCAUCAAAACGAAAAACACAAGUCAGUAGCAAUCUCACUGAUUUCGUCACCGAAACAACUAUAAGACUAGAUUUGAUAGACGCUACAAGCUCUAGAGCUAAUAUCGGAGUAAUUGAGUAUUGGAGGGCAAACAUUUUCUACCGAAUUAUUGAUACUGUAAAAGGGUUUCUACACAAAAGCUCUACUAUUCGAUGGUAUACUAUGAAGAAAUUUGUUAAAACCAAUUUAAAAGGAAGCAGUCAGACGAGAUGGUCGGCAAAACAUGUUGCUGUGAAAGCCCUCUUAAAUAAUUUGCCGGAAGUGGUGGAAUCCUUGGAAGAACUUAAGCAAACUUCUCAUGCUCCGGAAGCAAAGUACGAGGCAAUAAGAAAUUUUAAAUUCAUAUUUAACUUGACGAUUUGGGCAAAUAUUCUCAGCGAAAUCAAUCGAGUGAAUAUUGAAAUUCAAAAGCAAGAUAUAAUCCUUGCGCGUUCCGUCUCUUUAAUGGAUGACCUGAGAAUGAGAGAAAAUUCAAUUGAACAUUGGAUAGAAGAGGCUAAAGAAGUUGCUGGAAAAAUUGGCGUCGAACCUAUUCUGUCAAAUAAACGAAUUCCGAGGUGCAAAAAACAAUUUGUCGAGAUGUGA